CUCAGUUCGUUGGUGAGCGGAGGCCGAUUGCACCUGCCCUUUAAAUGUGAAGAUCCACUGACUCCUCCAUCAACAAGGACUUUUAGAUGGUACUUUGGUGGCCAGCAUGGCCCAGGUAUCCAGCAGCAAUGGGCUCGGACACAAGUUAUCUGCCUCGUGCGCAAAGGAUGUUGACAAGGAGGAGGCGCUGCAGAUGGAAGCUGAAGCGCUCGCCAAACUGCGCAAGGAGAAGAGAGCCGUUGGAAGCCAGGACAGCGUUCCUUCAAGAAUGAAGCGGCAACCGCUAGCUUCGGGCACACAGGAUCUCGACCUCAUGGUCUUCCCGGAGUCCGAUGCCAAAAAGAGGGCUGGAAAACCCUUAGAAAACAUUGACCUGGAGAAGCUGACCACGGCUGAGCUGGAGAAGCUCCUGCUGGAUGAGAACUUUGAGGAUAUUAAACCCCAAAAAACAUUAACCAUUCCCCCACCACAGGCGUUUAACCCACCCCCUCAGUAUUAUGUUCAGCCUCCUUUUCCUAGGACCCACUGGGGUUCGGGACUCCAGGGACCCAUGUCAUGCACUUUGCCGCCAUCUUUCUCCGUGUCGUAUCACAAAAGCGCAGAUCCGUUCCUGAAUGGAUCUGGUCCGAACGUGUCCAUCAUGCAGGCCAGAGAUCCCGUUUUCUUGGCUCCUCAGGCGCAGUAUGUCUCCUACCCGGUACCUGCAAGCUCUCCCUUCCAUUUAACCAGAAGCUUGCCGGCCUUCACCAAUACAGUCAACCCUGAUCUGGCCAAGUUGUUGGACAAAAUAGCAAGGACCUCCGAAUUCGUAAAGAACGGGAAGUCCAGCCAUAAUGGUGACUUGGCCCAAGCAGAGACCGCCGUGUCUCCGGUGCAGGCUACAAAGAAAUUGGACGACAUCAGCAAAUUUGACUGGUUGGAUCUUGACCCCCUUAGCAAACCCAAAGUGGAUUCCGUGGAACUGGCGAACCACAUUCCCGACAGCGGGAUGGCGUUUGGCGAGCCGGCCACUGAGGACCCGUGGGAUGCCGUACUGAUGGAGGAGAAGCCGGUGAAGCCCACUUACCCCGACAGAAAGAGUAAUGCUAAAUCCCCGUCCGGUGCUACUGUCACGAGGAGCCACUCUUUAAACCUCCGAGCAGCUCCCUCACAGAUAACCAGGAGCCACACGAUAGAGACGGACAGCGGCUCCGGGAUCCGGACUCCAGCCGGAAAUGCGGUUUUGCCGGAACUGGAAGCAGAAAAUGAAGAAGUGGCUUCGUUCUGCGAGGAAGUUGCAAAGCUCAGGGAGCGGAGUCCCCGCGGCAGCCUUCUGAGUAACCCCGGCUUCAUCCUGAGCCCCGUGACGCCGCAGCGAAGCGUCGGCGGGGAGCUGAGCAGCGUCAAGGUGUCCAUCGAGAUAGAGGGCUUCCAGCAGCCGGUCACGUUCACGUGUGACGUGAGUUCCCCGGUGGAGGUUAUAAUCAUGCAGGCGCUGUGCUGGGUCCACGAUGACCUGAAUCAGGUGGACAUCGAGAGCUACGUGUUGAAAGUGUGCGGCCAGGAGGAGGCGUUACAGAAUAAACACUGCCUGGGCAGCCACGAAUACAUUCAGCUCUGUCGAAAAUGGGACACGGAAAUCCGGCUGCAGCUGCUGUCCGUCAACACGAUGUGCCGGGACCUCGCGCGGACCGAUGAAGACGACGAGACCCCGGUCGAUCUCGAUAAACAUUUGGCUCUGCUGGACAGGCCGUUCAAAGAGCCGAUAACACGGCAGAGCAUUGAGGAGCUGCUGGACGCCUUCCACGAGCAAGUCAGCCUGUGCCUUAAAAACGAGACUAAUCCGCACAGAAUGGCCGACCAGGUGGUCCGAGCCGUACGAAGCAUCUGCAAGACCGCCGACGGCGUGGAGACUCCGGCCAUCACCGAGGCCGUGAAGAAACUCCGAAGAGCCGUCAACCUGCCGAGGAACAGGAGAACCGACAGUCCGUCCAAGACGAUGGAUGGUUCUGCCCCCAGUGCCGCCGACGGUCCUGCCCAGAGUGAGACCCCCUUACAGGAGAGUCUGGCGAGCCUCACCACUGCUGUACACAGCCUCCUGCUCCUCUACUUCCGCUCCCACCCAGCCGCCACCAGCGGCCGGACCACCAAAGAAGCGAGGAGCUCCACCGACCACCUCCAGUUCACUGUAUUCGCUGCCCACGGGAUCCCCACUGGCUGGGUGUCCAGCUUUGAGAAAUACUACUUGGUUUGCUCGCUGAGGCACAACGGGAAGGACAUCUUUAAACCCGUCCAGUCCAAAAAAGUGGGAACCUACAAGAGUUUCUUUUAUCUCGUUAAAUGGGACGAGCUGAUCAUUUUCCCCAUUCCGAUAUCUCAGCUGCCCCUGGAAUCCGUUCUCCAGCUGACGCUGUUCGGGGUCCUGAAUCCAAACAGCGGAGGUUCCCCCGAUUCCAACAAGCAGAGGAAGGGGGCGGAGGUGCUGGCGCAGGCGUCCUUCCCGCUCUUCACUUUUAAACGGCUGCUAACGUGCGGGACCAAACUUCUAAACCUUUGGACGUCCUUUAACACGAACCCCGCUGCCGGCACCGUCAGCAAGAAACAGAACCCAAUGCAGAAGCUGGUGUUACAGGUGGAUUUUCCGUCACCCGCGUUUGAUAUUAUAUACCGGGCUCCUCCGCCGGCGAGCGGCUUUGUGCCACAAAACAUGGACUCGCUGGACGCCGAUGCCAAGUCCCGGCUUCUCACACUCCUCGCCAAAGACGCUACGUUUGGGUUAUCGAAAGAAGAAAGAGUGUUUUUAUGGGAAAAGCGUUAUUACUGCCGUGAGCGCAGAGAGAGCCUCCCGAAGAUCUUGGCGAGCGCCCCCAGCUGGGAUGUCGCUUAUUUGGGGGACAUCUACGCUCUGAUUGGUGAUUGGCCGCCCCUGCUGCCGGUGAACGCCUUGGAACUACUGAAUGGGAGGUUUUCUGAUCAGGAGGUGCGUGCAACGGCCGUGCGAUGGAUCGACGCAGGUCUGAGCGACGACGAAUUGGUGGAUUUUCUCCCCCAGUUUGUACAGGCGCUGAAGUAUGAGAUCUACCUGGAUAACGCCCUCGUGCGGUUCCUUUUGUCUCGAGCUCUGGGAAGUAUCCGGGUUGCACAUUAUUUGUACUGGUUACUGAAGGAUUCUCUGAACGACCCGUAUUUCGGGACCAGAUACGAGCAGGUUCUCGGCGCGUUACUGUCGCUCGUCGGGAAAGGGCUGCGCGGGGAGUUGGAGAAGCAGACGAGGCUCGCGCAGGUUCUGGGGGUCGUGGCUGAAAAAGUCCGCCAGGCCAGCGGUUCCUCUCGGCAGGUGGCUCUCCAGGAGGGCAUGGAACGCGUCCAGCUUCUCUUCAGAAACAGCAAGUGCCGGCUUCCCUUGAACCCGAGUCUGGUCGCCAAGGAACUCAACGUCAAGACGUGCUCCUUCUUCAGCUCCAACGCGGUCCCGCUGAAAGUCACCAUGGUCAAUGCCGAUCCCUUAGGGGAAGAGAUCAACUCCAUGUUCAAGGUAGGAGAAGACCUUCGGCAGGACAUGCUCGCCCUGCAGAUGAUAAAGAUCAUGGAUAAGCUGUGGUUACAGGAGGGUCUCGAUCUACGGAUGGUCCUCUUUAAAUGUCUAUCGACGGGCAAAGACAGAGGUAUGGUGGAGUUGGUUCUGUCGUCAGACACCCUGAGAAAGAUUCAAGUGGAAUACGGGCUGACGGGGUCUUUCAAGGACAAACCUCUGGCCGAGUGGCUGAGAAAAUACAAUCCAUCUGAGGAAGAGUAUGAAAAGGCUUCCGAGAACUUUAUUUAUUCGUGCGCCGGGUGCUGCGUGGCGACGUACGUCCUGGGGAUAUGCGAUCGGCACAACGACAACAUCAUGCUAAGGAGCACGGGACACAUGUUUCACAUCGACUUCGGCAAGUUCCUGGGGCACGCUCAGAUGUUUGGAAGCUUCAAAAGGGACCGCGCGCCCUUCGUUCUGACGUCGGACAUGGCGUACGUGAUUAACGGAGGGGAGAAGCCCACCAGCCGCUUCCAGUUAUUCGUGGAUCUCUGCUGCCAGGCGUACAACCUGCUGCGGAAACAUACGAACCUCUUCCUCAACCUGCUUUCGCUGAUGCUUUCUUCUGGAUUACCUGAACUCACAGGAAUUCAGGACCUGAAAUACGUUAUUGACGCGCUGCAGCCGCAGGCCACCGAAGCAGAAGCCACCAUCUUCUUCACGAGGUUAAUCGAGUCAAGUUUGGGAAGCGUGGCGACCAAGUUCAACUUCUUCAUCCACAACCUGGCUCAGCGCUUUUCUGGACUGCCGUCCAACGAGGAGGCGAUCCUCUCGUUCACCCCCAAGACGUUCUCUCUCAAACAAGACGGACGCAUCCGGGAGGCCUCUGUCUUCACUUACCACAAGAGAUAUAACCCCGACAAGUACUACAUUUAUGUUGUGCGAGUGAUCCGGGAAGGACAGGACGACUCCGCGUUCAUCUUCAGGACCUUCGAUGAGUUCCAGGAGCUGCACAACAAGCUCAGCCUCCUCUUCCCGCUGUGGAAGCUCCCGGGUUUCCCGGGCAGAGUCGUUCUCGGCCGAACCCAUAUAAAGGACGUGGCGGCCCGGAGGAAAGUGGAGCUGAACAGCUACAUUCAGAGCUUAUUGAGGGGAUCGCCGGACGUAUCGGAGUGCGACCUGGUUUAUACUUUUUUCCACCCGCUGCCACGGGACGAGAAAGCAGAUGGAGCAGAUGUCAGGGCGGUCGAGGGACCCCCGUUAAGUCCGGCGUCUGGGAAGAUUGAAGGAGAAAUGAAGCUGUCCAUUUCAUACAGAAACGGAACGCUUUUCAUCAUGGUGAUGCAUAUAAAGGACCUGGUCACAGAAGAUACCACGGACCCAAAUCCUUACGUCAAGACGUACCUCCUCCCGGAUCCGCACAAGACCUCCAAACGCAAGACGAAGAUUUCGAGGAAAACCUGCAACCCGACGUUUAAUGAAAUGCUCGUAUACAGCGGGUACAGCAAGGAGACGUUGAGGCAGCGAGAGCUCCAGCUCAGCGUCCUGAGCGCCGAGUCGCUGCGAGAGAACUUCUUCUUGGGAGGCGUCACGUUACCGCUGAAAGAUUUCAACCUCAACCAGGAGACAGUCGGGUGGCACAAACUCACCGAAGUGCCCUACUUCAGCUAACACGUCCCGGGCGGAACUCACCCGGAAUCACUCCUCGUACAUUUCAAAGGGCUGGCGGACCAAGAUCCAUGGAUUUCAGCAGAAGCGCCCGUCGCUGCGCAUGUUGUAGAUGUUUUAAUGUACAUAGAAACUAAAAGUAUAUUUUUCACUCCGCAUCUUCAAGGCAUUUCAGGAGGAGAAAGGUAAUUGGCGUAUGUUCAGGACUCCAUCGCCUCCUCCAAGGGUUUCUACACGAGGGCUACCCAACAUUCUUCCAUACAGCGCUUCGUUAUUCCCCUCACCCAAUUCGGUGCCAUUUACCCGACAGCGAGGAGUCUUCCGUGUAGACCCUCAGCGGCGGGCGUUCCGAGCUACACUUCGCUAACCACUAUUCUAUAAGC